UCCUCCCGCUUCGCGCUCUCCCGCUUCUUCUUCGGCUCGGCGUGGUCGCGUAAAAUCUCCAAUAUUUAUUUCCUGUACGUGAAGAGGAAAGGGGGUCCCCCCUUCGUGCAAUGCGGGAACAUGGGCGUGUUUGACCGCGGCGUUCAGAUGCUGCUGACCACGGUGGGCGCCUUCGCCGCCUUCAGCCUCAUGACCAUCGCCGUGGGCACGGACUACUGGCUCUACUCCAGAGGAGUGUGCAAGAUCAAGACGAGCAACGAGAACGAGACCAGCAAGAAGAACGAAGAAGUCAUGACCCACUCCGGCCUGUGGAGGACGUGCUGCCUGGAAGGAAACUUCAAGGGACUGUGUAAACAGAUAGACCAUUUUCCAGAAGACGCAGAUUACGAAGCGGAUGCCUCCGAGUACUUCCUGCGUGCUGUGAGAGCGUCCAGUAUAUUCCCCAUCCUCAGCGUGAUCCUGCUCUUUAUGGGUGGUCUCUGUAUCGCUGCCAGCGAGUUUUACAAAUCCCGCCACAACAUCAUCCUCAGCGCCGGGAUUCUCUUCGUUUCUGCAGGCCUCAGUAACAUCAUCGGCAUGAUCGUGUACAUAUCAGCGAACGCGGGGGACCCCACCAAGAGCGACUCCAAGAAGAACAGCUACUCGUACGGAUGGAGCUUCUACUUCGGCGCCUUGUCCUUCAUCAUGGCUGAGAUGGUGGGGGUUCUGGCCGUCCACAUGUUCAUCGACCGGCACCGAGAGCUGCGGGCAGGGGCGCGGGCAGCGGAUUACCUGCAGGGCUCGGCCAUCACGCGAAUCCCGAGCUAUCCGUACCGCUACAGACGGCGCUCACGAUCCUCCUCGCGCUCCACCGACCCCUCACACUCCCGGGACGCCUCGCCGGUGGGGCUGAAGGGCUUCGGGGCGCUUCCGUCCACCGAAAUCUCCAUGUACACACUGACCAGAGGGGGCGACACGCUAAAAGGCAGCCACGGGACCCCCACGGCCACCUACAACUCAGACAGGGACCACAACUUCCUGCAAGUCCACAACUGCAUCCAGAAGGAGCUUAAAGACUCGUCCCACACCAACACAGCCAACCGGCGCACCACGCCUGUAUGAGGAAGCGAGGAAGUGGAGAGCGUAAAGAGGGGACAGAGCCGAAAAAGCCCUAAGAUAUUACUGAAUUUCAUAAACGUUGAGUUCUCAUAUUCCUUGAUUAAUUAAGAAGAGCUGGGAAGAUUUUCUUGGUUUAUUUUCAAGGGUUUACAUGUAUGCAUGAUUUUAUUUGCCAUUUAUCAUCAGUGGAAUGAGCGCGGCCUGUAUGGGUUUGGAGAAAGUGGAAGGGGGGGCGUUUGGGAGGGCAGACAGACUCGGGGGAGGGGGUUAUUUUACAUCCUAGGGCAAGGGUGAUUGAGGAGCUGUAGCUUAUGGAUGUGCUUCAGCACUGUUUUCAGCGUCUCCAUGGGACGAUGAUAAGCUACAGCAUCUCCUUUCUACUGUCGUUAACAUAUUGAUUUGCUCAUUUAGUUUUUUUUGCAUAAGAAACUGUGAAAU